AUGAUAGCUAAAUACAAAAUAAUGUUUAGAAAAAUCAAACCAUCUUACUUGUCGUCUUUAUGCGCCAAAUAUAGUACGAAAGUUGAAAUCGACGCUAGGUUAAGAGAGAAUUUCGAGUCUAAAGAAUAUAAACCGCGCGAUCACCCCGGCCGUACGAAAGUUAAAGUUGCAGCAAUACCAGCGGAUAUUCAAAAGGGUAUCAAAGUUAUAUUAGAGGAUGCGGGGGCAAAAGCCUUCUACCAAGAGAGUGAGGACCUCUACAAUUAUCUACGUUCGCGCAGAUUACCGCCGGAGGACGGUGACAUCAAAGAUAAAGCCGCACAAAUUCAUCGGUCGGUUUCCAAUAAAGUUUUCUCCCAAAUCGACAGAAAUAGGGCGGAAUUGACCCAAGAGGAGGUUGAGCAUUACAAUAAGAAAGUGCAGGUCACAGUGUUCAAUGUGUUGAAGAAAAACGUGUACCGUUGGGCGAACAUUUCAUAUGACAAGCCCACUAGCUUGCAAUAUUUAAUGGUCAGAGCGGCUCCCGACUACGCAAUUCUAGUGCGUAUUCUCGAUGAGAUACAUAGGAGAUUGCCUGAUUUCAAACCGAGGAGUUUCUUUGACUUUGGAGCUGGUGUUGGCACGGGUACAUGGGCAGUGAACACCUUUUGGGAAGGUCAAAUCUUAGAGUAUUUCUGUGUGGACACUUCAUCACAAAUGAAUGAUCUCUCACGACUUAUACUCUGCCAGGGAAGAGACAAUGUUCCAUUACCUUACAAGGCCUACUUCCAAAGACAGUUUUUACCGUCUUCAACGGAUCUCAAGUAUGACAUUGUGUUGUCAGCGUUUUCUUUGUUCGAAAUGCCGGAUAUGAAAAGUAGAUUAGAAACUAUACAGAAAUUAUGGAACAAGACUGAAAACUUCUUAAUAAUUGUUGAGCAGGGCACAAAUGCCGGCUUCCAAAUAGUGAAUGAAGCUAGGGAGUUCGUUUUAAACACAACGGAGAGCCAUAAUAAAGGUUAUGCCUUUGCUCCUUGUCCGAAUGACGCCGUGUGCCCCAGGUAUAUGGAACAUCAGACUCCUUGUAACUUUCUGAUGAAGUAUGAAACAUUACCGUUUCCAUCCAAGAGUGAAGUGAAAGCUGACGUGUUUUCAUACGUGAUAUUGAGGAAAGGUGAACGGCCUGCUGAUGAUCCCCAGUGGCCUCGAAUAGUGAGGGCGCCAAUAGUGCGCUCUGGUCACACUAUAUGCAGACUGUGCACAGCGCAAGGAGAGUUGAAAGAGAUAAUUUUCUCCAAAGGCAAAUAUGAUCAGACCACUUACAGAUGCGCAAGGUCAAGCAAUUGGGGUGAUGUGCUCCCUGUGAAG